UACAAAGUACCGCGGUUUGACGCCAUUUAUUUACUAAUUACUUUUAAAGUAAUGUCUUUAAAGUCAUCGUAUGAUACAUAUCUGAGAUGUGCUUAUCACCAAUGUCCUACAAAUACAUUGCCUCCGGAGCAACGUGGAAUUAUGUUCUGUUUUCCAAGAAUGGACGGACUUUGGAGGCAAUGGCUUGAAAUUUUGGACCGGCGUGAAUUUUUUGAACUAACAUAUAAGCAAUUGCUUAACAAAAAAAUAAGAGUAUGUGCCCGUCAUUUCAAUGACAAACAAUUUCAAACAAUUAAAAAAGAAAAGUUGUUAAGAAACCAAUUGCCACAUGUUGUUAGAUUUGAUGAUACAUUAACAUCACCAGAGCAAUUGGCUUCAACAUCUGGACAGAUGCCUGAUGUAGAGGUACCUACUUCACACCCAUGUGGUGUAAAGAGAAAAAAUAAUGGUAAAUAAUAUUUUAUUUCAAACGAUUUACUUUAAGUUUGUGAGACUGAAACGAUUUUAAAUGUAUAAAUAAAUGUAUUUUUUUUAAAUUUGUGUAUGGAAUUGAUAUUAUAAUGUUGUGUUCCAAUUAUUAAAUAAAAAUCUAACAUAAC